CCAUCUGCUGGAGAAGUGCGUCCACCCAUCUUUGCGGGGCCUUGCAAGAGGGCUCAGCACCAGAAAGGCUUUCUGUCAGGCCCUGGGGUUGUACUUUCAUGCACCAGCAGCCACUCCCAUCUAGCUUAUGCAAGUGGGUUUUAGAUACCUGAAACUUCAACAGCUUCUGGGUGGUUCUGAGGAUUAAAGAGGUUUAGAGAUUGCUAUGUUAAUGCUGCUUGUCUUUGGAGUAUUACUUCAUGACGCCCCAUUGAGUGGCCAAGAUGAGGCUCUUUCCGAGAAUGACGGCAUUCCAGGUGAACCUCUGUACAACUAUGCCAGCCUCCGCUUGCCAGAGGAGCACAUUCCCUUCUUUUUGUACAACAAUAGGCAUAUUGCCACCGUCUGUAAGAAAGACUCACAUUGUCCAUAUAAGAAACACUUAGAAAAUCUCAAGUACUGCUGGGGUUAUGAGAAAUCUUGCAAACCAGAGUUCAGGUUUGGUUACCCUGUUUGCACCUACGUUGACAUGGGCUGGACGGACACUCUUGAGUCAGCUGAGGACAUAUUCUGGAAACAAGCUGACUUUGGAUACGCCCAAGAGCGGCUAGAGGAGAUACAUGUGCUCUGCCAGCCUAAGGAGAUGAGUGACUCAAGUCUGGUAUGUUCCCGUUAUCUUCAGUAUUGCCGAGCAACCAAUCUCUACCUUGAUUUAAGAAACAUCAAGAGAAAUCAUGACAGAUUUAAGGAAGAUUUUUUCCAGAGUGGGGAAAUUGGAGGACACUGUAAACUUGAUAUUCGUACGUUGAUGUCAGAAGGUCAGCGCAAAAGUCCUCUGCAGUCUUGGUUUGCUGAGCUACAAAGCUAUACGCAGCUCAACUUCAGACCAAUAGAAGAUGCUAAAUGUGACAUUGUUAUUGAAAAACCAACGUAUUUUAUGAAAUUAGAUGCAGGUGUUAACAUGUAUCACCACUUCUGUGAUUUUAUCAAUCUGUAUAUUACUCAACACGUUAAUAAUUCAUUCAGUACAGAUGUGUACAUCGUGAUGUGGGACACUAGCUCUUACGGAUAUGGUGACCUAUUCUCUGACACAUGGAAAGCAUUUACUGAUUAUGACAUUAUUCAUCUGAAAACUUAUGAUUCCAAAAGGGUAUGUUUUAAAGAAGCUAUUUUUUCAUUACUCCCCCGCAUGAGAUAUGGGCUCUUCUAUAAUACUCCUCUGAUAUCUGGCUGUCAAAAUACUGGAUUAUUCAGGGCAUUUUCCCAGCAUGUACUACACAGACUAAACAUCACCCAAGAGGGACCCAAGGAUGGAAAAAUUCGAGUCACCAUUCUAGCACGGAGCACAGAAUACCGGAAAAUACUAAACCAAAAUGAGCUUGUAAAUGCACUGAAAACAGUAUCUACAUUUGAAGUCCGGAUUGUUGAUUACAAGUAUAAAGAACUUGGGUUUUUAGAUCAACUAAGGAUCACACACAACACUGACAUAUUUAUUGGAAUGCAUGGAGCUGGUCUUACUCAUUUACUUUUCCUUCCAGACUGGGCUGCUGUAUUUGAACUGUACAACUGUGAAGAUGAACGCUGUUACCUGGACUUGGCCAGGCUCAGAGGCGUCCACUACAUCACCUGGCGAAGGCAGAACAAAGUCUUUCCUCAAGAUAAGGGCCACCACCCAACCCUGGGGGAGCAUCCGAAGUUUACCAAUUACUCUUUCGAUGUGGAAGAAUUUAUGUACCUUGUCCUUCAGGCUGCAGACCACAUCUUGCAACACCCGAAAUGGCCAUUUAAGAAGAAGCGUGAUGAGCUAUAAAUGUGUUGAGUCUGUUUGCAAUAAGAGUGUUCAAACACUCCAACACCCAGACUCACAAUUAAAUCAUAAAACAACCUAUUAUUUUCUAGCCUC